UCCUCCCUUCUCAAUAGUUGAUGGCCUAAAUGCAAUCAUAGAUUACAUUAAUGAGGGAGAGAUGGAUGCUCGGUUGCAGAACUUAACAGCUUAUGUGAGGAGAUUCUGGGUGGGUGUGAUUGGCGUGGAGUCAUUGUCUACUUUUGGUUGCGCCAGGAGGACCAACAAUGACCUCGAGUCAUUCCACGCCAAACUUCUCUGUGCGUUUGGCGUGAAUCUCGACAUAUGGAGCUUCAUAAGAAGGCUCCAGUUAAUAGAGAGAACCUCCUAUGACAAUCUCAUUAGAGUACAUAGAGAGAUUGCGGUCAACCGACCGAAAAAAGACAAAGUUACUCGCGAUGUCAAGAAGGCGAUCCGUCGUCUUAUAAACGGCGAGAUCACAAUAAUACACUUUCUGAGUGCAGUGGCUCAUGGUGCCGACAACAUUAUCAAUAGGCCACUGCCUCAGAAUGAGUGGUUCCUUCUUGACAUCGCUGGAGAGGAAGAAGUAAUGUGAGAAGGUUGACCGUAUCUCCAGAAGAGGUUGUAAAUAUUAGGUAGAUAGGAAAUAUUAUUAGGAUAGAUCUGUAAAUAUUAAUGUAUUAUCUCCAGAAGAGGUUGUAAAUAUUAGGUAGAUAGGAAAUAUUAUUAGGAUAGAUCUGUAAAUAUUAAUGUAUUAAUAUAUAAAUAAAUAAAUU